CUAAUAGUAAUGAGCGAGAUUGGGUUCUUUUCAUUCGAAGCAAAUGCCUGCCGCCCAAUCCUCUUCAGAAUGCGAUUCAACUAGUCUCAUCUCAAUUACGCUUCCAGAAAGUAUAAAUCCAGUGAAUACUGGGCAGCUUUCAUACAAUCGACGGUCGCUAUGGAGUACAUAUCUCCAGGACUGACCUAUCUAUCUCGAUUCUUAUUCUCUGUCAUAAUUCUUCCUUGCGUCAUCCUUUGGACCCUCCAAACUGUGUUGAUACCAUCCAAUUUCAGCGUUCCUACUGGGCUUGUCUUGGUCGCCUUAUUGGUCUUAAGGAUUACCGUUCAUUUACUUCGCGGCUUGAUCACGGACUUUACCAUACAUCGGGAAGCAGCUGCACAGGGCGCCCUCAUAUUGCCUAGCGUUCAGGGAAACAGCAUUUCUAACUUACAGCGUACUUCGAAUCGCUUCAAGAGUGGAUAUCCAAGCGAAGUGUUCCAGGAAUGGAGCAAAGAAUACGGAAACGCAUUUUCAUUCAACAUCUUUUCGAACAGACAGGUCUUUACAAGCGGACCAGAACACAUCAAGGCUCUCUUGGCCACUCAGUUCCAAGACUUCUGGAGAGGCUCCUUGUCUGUCUCGGCUGCCAAAGCUUUUAUUGGAGUUGGCGUUUUUAAUUCGGACAAUGAAAUGUGGAAGUUUCACCGGACGAUGACAAGGCCGUUCUUCAACAAAGAUCGAAUUUCUGAUUUUGACAAUUUCGAAAGACACGCCGUUAGCACGAUAGCCCAAAUCAAAGCCAGACUGAGAGAAGGCUAUCCCGUCGAUUUUCAGGAUGUUGUCGCACGCUUCACUCUUGACUCGGCUACGGAGUUCCUAUUUGGAAGAGAUGUCAAUUCGAUAUCUGCCGGGCUUCCUUACCCAGCCGGAUCCCCGCUGGCGGGAGAUCUCCAUUUCGUCAAUCACCCAUCUAAUAUCUUUGGAACAGCGCUUGCGAGAGCAAACGAGUAUACUGUUGCCCGAGGGGAGAGGGGACAUUUCUGGCCUCUUUACGAAAUCUUCUCGGAUAAGGUAAAACCGCACCGGCGAGCAUUGGAUGACUUUAGCCGACCAAUGCUUGACGAAGCACUCGACCGAAAGGCUAAAGGAAUCAAGUCUGGGGACGCCGAGAAGAGUGUUGAGAACAUGUCCUUGUUGGAUCGUCUCGUUGAGGACAUUGACGAUCCCAAAGUUAUUCAAGAUGAGAUUAUCAACGUGUUGGCUGCUAGUCGAGAUACGACGGCUUCUCUGCUGACAUUUGUGAUGUAUAUGUUGUGUGAACAUCCGAGUAUGGCCUCCCGCAUACGAGCAGAGAUUCUUGAAAAAGUCGGCACCUGGAGACCCACAUAUGAGGACAUUCGUGAUAUGAAAUAUCUGCGGGCAUUCCUCAAUGAAACCUUGCGACUGUACCCAGCUGUUGCAAACAAUUUCCGGUUCCGAGUCCUAUAUGUAUAUAUAGAUAUCGGUCAUUAUGCCAACCUGAAAAGAAAUUUUUGAUCGUCCAACACGGCAUUUGCCGUCGGAUUCUCCCUGGCCAGGUCGUGGGAACUUUUCUUCAACCUUCAUCAUUGUCCUGUGAAUUCCUUUCCUUUUUCAGAUUUGUGGUACUCAGCCGGCCUGUUAUUGGUCUUCAUCCUCUUUCUUGUACUAUCCGCUGCCACUAUCACCCCCGACAUCACUAUUGGGGUGAAUUGCUAUUGAAAACAGCUUCGGAGCAUGUGGACAACCCUGGAUUUACUCCGGGAUUUGAUAUCGGCCUCCAUCUCGUAGCGAGAGGGCACAUGGAGCACCAACCCGACAAUGACAUGCAGAACAAGGAGAACAGCAAUAGGAGGGGUGGGGACUUUCAGAGUGAAGAGACGAUAUAGCUGGGAGAUGGAAGGGCUGUAGUGUGGGGAGGAGAAGGCUGGAAUGAGGUUGGAGUAGAG